GCCCCAUUAGGGCGGGGAGCGGGCGCGGGGCUCGGCCACUCGCGGAGGGCGCUGCUGGGUUCCCGGCUGGUCUGCAGCCGCUCCGCAUCUCGUGGCACAGUCGGAGCCCGCCUCGCUACUGUCAAUGCGCGUUGCCCCGGCCCCCACCCGGCAGCGCGUCGCCGCGGCUCGGAGAUCGACUGCUUGAUGAACUGCAGCUGAAACAUUGAUCGCUUCACACUUGUGCCCCUGGAGAUGGAGCCCAAAGCCAACAAUCUUGUCUUUGCGUGUCAGCGAAGCUCAACAUCAGAUGACGACUCUGGCUGUGCCCUGGAAGAAUAUGCCUGGGUCCCGCCGGGCCUCAGGCCAGAGCAGGUACAGCUGUAUUUUGCCUGCCUGCCAGAGGAGAAGGUCCCUUAUGUUAACAGCCCUGGAGAGAAGCACAGGAUUAAACAACUUCUCUAUCAGCUGCCGCCCCAUGAUAAUGAGGUGAGAUACUGCCAGUCAUUAAGCGAAGAAGAAAAGAAAGAACUGCAGAUGUUUAGUUCUCAGCGCAAAAAGGAGGCACUCGGACGAGGCACUAUUAAACUCCUCUCGAGAGCAGUGAUGCACGCAGUCUGUGAACAGUGUGGUACAAAAAUAAACGGCGGUGAAAUUGCAGUUUUUGCCUCGAGAGCUGGUCCUGGUGUAUGCUGGCAUCCAUCAUGCUUUGUAUGCUUCACGUGUAAUGAGCUCCUUGUUGACCUCAUCUACUUCUACCAAGAUGGAAAGAUUCACUGUGGCAGACACCAUGCUGAACUACUUAAGCCUCGAUGCUCAGCCUGUGAUGAGAUAAUUUUUGCUGAUGAGUGUACAGAAGCUGAAGGUCGCCACUGGCACAUGAAGCACUUCUGCUGCCUCGAGUGUGAAACUGUCCUGGGUGGGCAGAGAUACAUCAUGAAGGAUGGGCGCCCGUUCUGCUGUAGCUGUUUUGAAUCGCUUUAUGCAGAGUACUGCGAGACCUGUGGGGAGCACAUUGGUGUUGACCAUGCUCAGAUGACCUAUGAUGGACAGCACUGGCACGCUACAGAGACGUGCUUUUCUUGUGCUCAAUGCAAGACCUCUUUGCUUGGCUGCCCUUUCCUUCCAAAGCAAGGGCAGAUCUACUGUUCAAAAACCUGCAGCUUGGGCGAGGACGUUCAUGCCUCCGAUUCCUCGGAUUCAGCAUUUCAGUCUGCUCGAUCGAGAGAUUCCAGGAGGAGCAUUCGCAUGGGAAAAAGCAGCCGCUCAGCUGACCAGUGCCGCCAGUCUCUCCUCCUGUCACCAGCCCUCAAUUAUAAAUUUCCUGGUCUUUCAGACAAUGCUGAUGAUACGCUUUCUCGUAAGCUGGAUGACUUAAGCCUUUCAAGGCAAGAGGCAAGCUUUGUUAACGAAGACUUCUGGAAAGGAAGAGUGGAGCAAGAAAUGCCUGAAGACCCUGAAGAAUGGGCUGAACAUGAAGACUACAUGACUCAACUUCUUCUGAAGUUCGGUGAUAAAAGCCUCUUCCAGCAACCUGCUGAAGUAGAGAUCAGAUCAAGUGAACACUGGAUUUCUGAUAGCAUGGUCCAGAGCAAGUUGGACUUGAAAAAAAAUAACCCGAGCCUGGCAAGUAAGAAAUAUCAAUCAGACAUGUACUGGGCCCAAUCACAAGAUGGCUUGGGUGACUCUGCAUAUGGCAGCCAUCCAGGCCCUGCCAGCAGCAGAAAAAUCCAGGAGCUGGACAUGGAACAUGGGGCAUCGGGAUACAAACACGACCAAACGCCGUGGUACGGAGGUUCACUUGAAUGUUUGUCUGAUCUGAAGCAGCAAGAACAAAGUGUUCGGGAUUCAAUGGAUUCUUUGGCUUUGUCUAAUAUAACAGGGGCUUCAAUGGAUGGAGAAAGCAAGCCACGGCCAUCUCUCUAUUCUUUGCAAACUUUCCAAGAACUGGAGGUAGAGGACUGUGAGAAGAUGAGCAACAUGGGAACUCUGAAUUCUUCAAUGCUCCAUCGGAGCACAGAGUCCUUGAAGAGUCUGAGCUCAGAGCUGUGCCAGGAAAAAGCAUUGCCAGAGGAAAAGCCAGCACAUAUGCCUGUACUGAGAAGAUCUAAAUCCCAGUCUAGACCACAGCAAGUCAAGUUUUCAGAUGAUGUUAUCGAUAACGGCAGUUACGAGAAUGUUGAAGUUCGCCAGCCUCCAAUGAGUGAACGGACUCGUAGGCGCGUUUAUCAUUUUGAAGAACGUGGGAGCCGACCUUCUCAUCAUCGCAGAAGAAGUAGGAAAUCUCGUUCAGAUAAUGCACUUAAUUUGGCCACAGAAAGAAGAUACUCUCCAAAAGAGAGGUUUCGUUAUUACUCACCUCAGGAUCAUGAAAAAUUUAUUCCAAAUAAAAGCUCACGUGAGUUUCGGGCCUACAUUCAAAAUGCGGAGCUGUAUGGCCGGUAUGCUCACACCAGCUCUGAUUAUGCACUGAGGAAUCAGGCGGUUGAUAAAUUUUUUGGAUUAUACGGUGAGGAAGAUGACUCCUGGUGCUCAACUUCAUCCUCAUCAUCGGAUUCUGAAGAGGAAGGGUAUUUCCUAGGACAGCCAAUUCCACAGCCACGGUCACUGAGAUAUCCGUACUACACAGAUGACCUUUCUGGUCCAACUACUGCAUUAUCUAGUUCUCAGUUUGGACAAAGGACAACCAAAUCAAAGAAGAAGAAGAGGGGACACAAAGGGAAAAACUGCAUUAUUUCUUAACUUGUUUUAACAGUUUGGGAAGACCAGUCAACUUUAGCUACAGUUUGAACCACGUCUUUUUAUAUUAAUAAUCAUACUUAGGCAAGUUGCUAAGGUUCUUAAUGCUUUGCCAGUUUAAUUGAUAACGCAUUCAGAGUUUACAUUGUGAGAGUAAAGUAACAUUGGGAAACGUCACUGCCAAAUGACGAUGUGUUCAGAUUGCGCUAGGUUUACAUACGGUGUUUCAGCUGUCAAAAUACUGUUACUGCGUUCUCGAUAAAGACUUUUUGUAGACAUUAUAUUAAGCUCUCUAUUCACCUACAUUCAGUUACCCGAGAGAGAGGAUUCAAUGGAGAUCAAUAGAUAAAACCAUCAGUCCUGUACUGUAGCCGUACACACCCACACAGGGUGAUACUCAACUUCUUCUCUCCAUCAAACAGAUGGCUACAGACAGUGCCCUCUCCUCACUGAUAAAACUCAUUCUUCCUCCUUGACGUUUCCCUACAAAAACUGGAAUUAUUAUUAUUCUUUAACUUCAGAAGGAGCUGCUUUUCCAUAGAUCCCCCUGUUAAGGUGUUAAAAAUCAGACUGUGAGAGCUGAAAUGCUUGAGGCCUCGAUACACCCUAAAGCAGCAGAUGGUUUACACAUUUAACUUCCAUGUUUUUCCUUCCAGUUUUUGUUGUUUUUUAAAAUGACUACAUCCUGUGUAAAGCUUUUUUGGUGCCUGUUAAAAGGAAGAGAUUAAUUCAGCUGUUGGAAUUGGACUUGACUACCAGAGAGCAAUGACGGCUUUUAUGUCAUUUCCUCCGCAACAAAGCACUGAAAGAGAAAGGUACAAAUGGUGGAAUCCUUUGCUCAGGCACGUAACCCCAUUUAAGUCAAUGAAUCUACUUACAUAACAAACAGUUUCAUAAGGGCUUAAAGGAUUGGGCUCCAAAAUUGUGUCUUUUCAGAUGCAUUAUCCAGGUUUUAAAAUGUAUUAGUUACGAUUCUGAAUCCAAAAAAUUGCUAUUUAUAACGUAGUAUUUCAUAGGCUUAAAUGUAUUCAUAAUUUAACAGUGCAAAUACUGAUGUACAUAUUGUACAGUUAAGAUUUUUAAAAGCUGAAUAUUUUUAUAUCCCUGAAUUUGAAGAAGUUUGUUACGAUAUCAAAGUAGAUUUGUUAGGGGUUUAACAGCAGCAUUAUGGACGAAAUAGUGCUUGUAUUUUAGUCAGGGAGUUUAAAAAUAUUGAAAAACGUUUAGUGCAAAACAGCUUAAUUUUGUCUAGUAGGUAUUAAAAGCUCUGUAUGCAUGGUGGGGCUCUGUAAAUACUGUCCGAACUAUGGCCCUCUUAAUCUUGCAAGUGUUAUUUAUGGGUCAAGCAAAAUGUAAACUAUAUAAAUGUAAAAACCACACAAGCCUGGAAUAUAUCCAUACAACAAAUACACAACUCCUGUGGAUGUGGA